AUGGUGCCGUCCGCGAUGAUCUCCGUGAUGCAUGAACUUCUUGUUGCUCUGUCCUCCACGAUGAAGCGGUACUACGACAAGGCCACCAUGGGCAUCGUGAUGGUACAGGUGCCCACCAGUCUCAUAGACGAUGGCGGGGCCCGUUCUGGUGAGCGAGAGACCCCCUGGAUUUUCAAGAGAUGCAGCACCGAGGCUUCCAAACUGAUCUCUUUGCUCAUGCUGCCCAUGCAUGGGUCGGUGGUGUUCCGCAAGCUUGGUCUGGAGGUCGACCCUGCCGCAGUGGCCAAGAAACAACAGAUGCAGGAAAAGAAAGCCGCCAAGGAUGUGUCCGUAAAGUCCCGAGUGUUUGCCGAGCUGCGGGCGAAGCUGCAUGAGAACGAACAGUUGCAGACGGAUCCUGUGGAUGAGGCAGGCGAUGAUGCUGCCGAGGAUGUCGAAAUGACAGAUGACGUGGACGACGAAGAUCCCGAAGGACGGCUCAAUCCGCGAAAGCGAAAGAUGACGGAUCAGCAGGCCCAGGGCGGAGGAGUGGAGCUCGCAUCCGGCUCCGGCAAGAAGGCAAUGCUGAAGAGCUUGGGCAGCGGGUAUAGCGAGGAGGAGAAAAAAAUAUCCACGCCCGUCAAACAUUCGCUGGAUAUGCAGGAGCAGCGGCCGAAAACGGCACUGGAUGAUUUCCUCUGCGCCAUGAACUUUGUCAUGGAUGAGAUCAGGCAGGAGUGCGAAAUCGCCUGGACGGAGUCCGGCCUCACGGGAAAGCCAUUGAAGGACCCUGUUUGCUUUGUCAUUGCCUACAGAGACAUGCGUCAGAAGGAAGAGAUUGGCCUCCAAGGAACAUUGGCAUUCUGUACCAUGAUGUGGCUCGAGUUCGUGUGGACGCAGAAGGUCAACGUAGGUGGAAAGCAGCAUAGGAUCUACAGUUCACUGCGGUCCGAGCUUCAAUCUGUUGUGCGGGCGGCACACGUGAAGCUGACAACGACAGGGCAACCAUCAGGCAUGAAAGCUGAUGCGGUGGACGCAUUGUCUUUGGGUCAGAUGUUGGUGAACCAGUUUGCCAAAACCCCGGUAAAGACUGUGGUGUUCAAUGAUGAAGAGGACGCAUCCGUGCACAGGGUUGCUCAGGUGAUGGCCACCAGUUAUGACGGGGUUGUCGUACCAAUCCAAGAUUACAUCAAGAAGGUUAUCCGGAUGCCCCUGCUCAUGCACGACGUGCCUCGCGAGUCUUUGGUCAACAUUGCCGCCACCUGUGUCCACAACAGCAUGGAACUGUGCGAUGUUUUGGGCAAGAUUGAGACAGAAAUCACCAAGUUUCUGCCCUGGCAGUGUGUGGCUUUUGCGGGUGACGUGAGCGAGUGCUAUGUUGCCAGACAUCACUUUGUGGAGCAGACGGGCAAGGUGUUCGGAGAUGUGGCGACUUUGGAGCUGUACUUGUCUUCUCGAUUGCGGUACUUGUUCUACACCCUGGAUCAGUGCUUUGUCCUGCCGAACUUCAGCCUCACGACCCGUGCCGAACACCUUCCAAACAUCCUGAAGCAUGCGGUGGCACUCAUGAACAAUGUUCAUGACGACACAUUCGAUGCCACAGCCCAGGCCUUCAAGAAAAGUCUUGCAUCCGUGUCCGUCCUUGUUGCUGCCGACGUGCUCAUGUGCAAGAGUCAGUGGUGCCGCACAUGGGCCACGCUGCUGCUGCAGGCGUCUACUUUGUCUCAGUUGGAGGCAUCUGCCAGGGAUCUGAUGGGUCUUCCGGCUGCGCCUGAACAGGCCACUGAACAGGCUUCCAAGGCAGACCCAGCGGCAGCGUCGAAUGCGGGUGCGUCAGGUGUUGCGGCGGCAAAUCUUCCGGAGGGUGAUGGUCAGGGUGAUGGUGAUGGCACGGACAAGACUGUUCCUGAAGAAGACGAAGACGAACCCGUCGAUCCCACCGAUCCCGAUGAUGCUCAAGCCGCUGGGGCCAACAGCACUGGGAAGGAAACACUAGAUUCGUUCCAGAAGGGUCUCAGCCUUUCUCGCAUCAACCGUUUCCACAUCAAGACGACUAUCAUGUCAGGAAGUGCACAUGCAGAGAUUCUAGGUCUCAAGCAGGUCAACAGCAUAUUCGUGCGUAAGCUGGAGCUGCAUCUCGAAAAUGCUUUGUGGCGUCUGGCGGGGGAGUUGGAGAACUCCCAGGACAUGGUUGUGCGGGUGUGUGAACCCAACAAGCACGAUGUCUUCGUGAUGAACUACCCCGCAUUGCAUGGGCGUCCACGGUUGCCAUUCAUGGGGCGUGUAGUCCAGGGAGGGAGUCAAGCCGGGACUUCACAGCACUUCCUGUGCACUGUCUUCGGGCUGAACUUUUAUGUUGAGCAGCUGCCGGAGAAGCACGGUGUCAGUGCUCCGGCGUGGUCUUGCAAGGUGGUUACGCGGGCUGACCUGGCUUUCUGGGAGAUUGUGCGUGCCAACUUCAGGGUGAUCAUCCGGCGAGGUGAUGCCACUGAGUGGCACGGGCUCGGAUUGGGUGAUGGCGAUAAUGCACCUUCUGACAGUGACCUGGCCAAUCUCGAUGUGAAGGUGCUGAUACCCCAUGAUGUGGCCCGGGAAAAGAACAACCUGGGUCUGGGUGCCAGAGUGCCUGGAGCCACAGACGACGAGGAUGUCAACAGCAAAACCAAGGAAGACAGAGACACACAAGACAUCAAUGUGCCAGAGACAGCGCCAUCCACCGAGAACGAGACUGACAAGUCUGACAAGCUGGAGCAUAAAGGCCAGGACAUGGGUGACAUGAACAUGGGGCCGGGGUCGGGGUCAGGGUCCAAUCCCACGCCGAAUGUGAUGCCUGCGAUCCAUAUUGACUUCCAUGUGGACUACUUGACCACCGUGGCCAACUUGGACGACAAGCUGCAGGCGGAGCUGAGGACUAGGCGAGAGAAGGCUGAAAAAUCAGCACGACAGCUUCUGGAGAAGUCAGUGAAAAAGGUUGCCAAGAAAGGUGUCAAAUGGGACCAGAUCACAGACGCACAGGAGCGUGCGGCUGUCAUCGAGCAGCAGAUGCAAAACGAACAGGAGGCUGAUCGUUUGGCCAGGGAGGCUGUGGAGAAGUGUACCAUGGCGACUACGGUGACCUUGACACGAAUGGCAAGCGCAGAUGAACGCACUUCGAGGUCACAGAGAUCAAAGCAAAUGCAAGAAGCUCUCCAGCAUGCGCAGCAGGAGGCAAAGGGACAACAACAACCAUCGAUCGUGGAUGACGAUAUGGCCGGCAACGGCUAUGGCAUGCUUGCUGCAGUGUGUGCAGCCGAACAGGCAGCAGUUGCAGGAGGCACGGUACACGGUACACUGUACACAAUACAUGAUCAUGGUGACAUGGUGAUAAAACAUCGGCUUCGUCCCAGUACAGUAGGUGCGGUAGAUUGGCGGUAG